AUGUUCGGUCCCUUCAGAUUCACGAACCCAUUAAGUAGCGGCCUGCUGUGGAAGACGCCAUGGCGGCUGUCCAAGUUCCAGAAGCGACGGCAGCGAUUCCGCCUCCGGGCGGUCGACUCGGUCGUGGCGACUAUCGACGGCGCGCUGGCGAAGAAGGGCGAGACGACCAAGUCCGUCGAGCGGUGGAAGGCUGAGAUGCCCAAGGAGGAGGAGAUGCGAGCCAAGGACAAGUACACCAUCUUCGACCGCAAGGAGAAGAGGUACCGCAAGGGAAUACACAGAGAUCCGAGGUUACUCGAUGAAUACAUGCGCGGCAAGCGGAGCGCUGAACCUGGCAAGAAUCACGAAGAGGCAUGA